UCCCGGUACGGUACAUCGGAUCGGCACCUGGCCACGAGGACCGGCACGGGCGGACAGCUGACCUGCAUCGAACACUGCACACAUCGUGGAGCAGAGCUUAGAUCGUCACCACCACCGGCCAGUCGACCUGCCGAGCGACCGCUGCUCAGGACACCACCCGGACCACCCGGCUGUCUGACCGCCCCGCUGCGCCGCCGCCGCCACCGCCGCAUCGUGACUCCGCGUCGCUUCGUGAUCGCUGUAGUCGUGACUGGGCCGCUCCGUGACUGGGCCGGCCGUGACGGCGGCCCGUGAUCUGCCCACCGGCGGCGCCAUGGCCGCGCCGCCCGGCCCCGGCGGCCCCGGUAGCGGCGGCGGGUCGGCGUUUACGCGCGUGGCCUCUGCCGGCCGGCCGCCGCUGUCGUUCAGCAUGGACGCGCUGCUGCGGCCGGACGCGGCGCCGCGGCUCGCGGAGUCGGUGGCCGACGCCGCCCGCGACGGAGUCGACGACGACGAGGAGGUGGCGGUGAGCGAGCGCUCCUCCGACUCACCCCUGAACGUCGUCUCCGGCGGCGAGGAGGACCCGGACCCGGAGCCGGAGCCGGACCCGGGGCGGGACGGGGAGCGGCCGCCAGCCGGCGCCAGUCCGCUGUCGGAGCGGCUGGCCCAGCAGCGGUUCAGCCCGGGCCCGGCCAAACCGCCGCCGCUGGUGGUGCCUAACGGCCUGGUGGGCCAGCGGCCUCCGUUUGGCCUCUACCCGGGCCUGCACACAGGCCUGUGGCCGCCCGCGCUGCAGGGGUAUCCGUUCUUCGGCGGUGGAGCGCUGCCGCCCAGCCUGCAAAAGCCUCCAGAGCCGCCCAAGAUCACGGGCACCAUGCACCUGCGGAAGCACAAGCCGAACCGCAAGCCGCGCACGCCCUUCACCACCCAGCAGCUACUCUCGUUGGAAAAGAAGUUCCGACAGAAACAGUACCUCUCGAUCGCGGAGCGGGCCGAGUUUUCGGCCCAGCUGAGCCUCACCGAGACCCAGGUGAAGAUCUGGUUCCAGAACCGGCGCGCCAAGUCAAAGCGGCUGCAGGAGGCCGAGCUGGAGAAGCUGCGGAUGGCGUCUCGACCGCUGCUGCCCACGUUUGGCAUGCUGCCGACCGGAGCCAGCAUGUUCUCGGCGGCGGCGGCGGGUCUGGGAGUGCCGUCGUUCCAGAGGCCGAUGCCGUUCCUGCUGUCCUCGGCGUACUCGCAGGCUCAGCCGCCCCCGUCCAGCUAGCCGGCCGGCUGGUCCUCACCAUCACCCCGUCUCUGUGAUAGCCGCCCGACGCGCAGGCCAGCCGCCGACGAGCCCGGAGGUCAGCCCAGGUCAGCCGAGGUCAGCCGGCGGUCGACGGUGGUCGACGCGGACCCACAGAAAGGUGAUUACGAGUUCGCUGUUCGCCGCCGGUUUGACUGCGUGUUUGAAGAUGCCUCCCGCUGAGCUAACCCUCGGUGACCUGACCUGGAGCUGACCUGCUUCGGGCCGCGGAGGGCUGACCCCACGGCCACCUCCGGCGUCCGGCUGGGUCUGGCCACACUAGUUUCUAGUCAUCACAUGCCGCCUUGUCUGCAUGAACUCUUUGGGCCUAUGAAAAGUUCCUCGGGUAUCAUGAGGUUCAUGAUCCUUCGUUGAACUCUGCAUUAGGCCACCGUGUGCCCAGGGUUCUGAUAGUGCGGGGACAUUUGCCGGUUUGGCCGACUGUCUGUUAUUUGUUGCCACCACCGCCGCCGCCGUCGUUGCGAGGGCUACUACCACCGCUGUUGCUGCUAUACGAACAUUUCUGCCGUCGCCACCCCGUCGUUACUGCUGCGCCUCUGAUUUCCGGAAUCCGCCCCGCGAUCACCCGACCGUCGUGUGGUUCUGCGUGCUUACAUCAUCGGCGUCGACGGCCCUGAGGAGGUGCCCGUCGAAUUCGUUACGCGUGCCGCGUGUGUGACCGAACGCGGGCCUUCAUCGGUCGUUAGUCUCUUCUGAAGACAUGCUGUACAUACUGCGGUGUGGCGAGUUGAUGUUAUAUAAUUUAUAUACGAAAAUAAACGGUUAAUUUAUUGCC